GUACUAACCUUACUUUUAGGUGGUCCUUUUCUUCUCUCUGACUCUUUUUCGUAUCAAAACAUUGAGAACAUUCGAAAAAAGUUGCAAUUUGGUUUUCUUAUAACGUCAAUGAUGUAUAUUCCACAUAAUUGAUGUGAAUUAAAAAAAAAUACAGCAAAAGUAAACUAAAAACGGUGAGAAGAUAUUAUACUUAAAUGUUAAGUCCACAAUAGUGUCAAUCAAAAGCCAGAAAAAUGAACCAAGGUUACAUGAAAUUCCAAGAGGACGAGAGCAUGGAGGAAGAAACCGCGGACGGUAUAACAUCCCUUUACGAGCGUUGCUACAAGGGCACGGCAAAAGUGAACCUAAGCUCGUACUUCGAGGAUUACAAGGCCGUCCUGGUGAACUCGGACUUCGACAAGCACUGCGAGUCCGACUCGAAGAAUUUCCUCAUGAACGCAAUGGCCAACGACGACAUAGACGAGGAGAAGUUCGCCAUGCUCGAGGAGCACUGCAGCAUUGACAAUUUAACGGUCGAGGGUGAGCUCGGCAAGAUGACCAAGGCCACUUUCGAGUGGCUCAAGGAUCCCACGGAUCCAACUGUGCUCGAAAAAGCCGACCACCUGAAGACCGUCAAGUGCGCCAAACAGCGCAACCAGCUGAAAUCUUACCAGGUGCAUUCCAAGUAUCGCAGCGAGAGACCUGUCAUUUACGAACCUGCUUCUGUUUCCCCUGGUGGUAAAACAUUAGUUCCUGAAAAUGACAUCCUGGUUUUUAUCAGAGUAUAUUUGCCCUUUACCAGUCGAUCAAAGCUGACUACUGGGGCUCUGGGUAAAUUGUCAGUCAACUUUGUCGUUGCCAUGUAUGGAUCCCAGACUCUGGACCAACUGAGGGACUUUAUCAAGUGUGAAUCUGAUUAUUCGAUUUCUGUGGAAAUGAGUGAUGCUCCAGUUAGAUUUAAAACUGCUAAUGCAAAUAAGGUUUAUAAAUCAGGAUUUUUCUUCAUCGAAGACACGUUUUACAACGAUUGCCGAGAUCCCAAUAACAAAGAUAACAGUAAAGUGAUCAGGGACUGGAUGUCGUUGAAAAAAUUGGGCAGUUAUAAAAUUGCAAAAAUGGAAGAGACUAGGAUCGAUAGUUUAAAGAUGAAAUUUGGUUUUCCCUGGGUGUAUCAGCACCAAGGUGACUGUGAACAUUUGAUUUGUUUCAGCGAUGCCAGACUGGUUAAUAAGUCGGAUGAAUUAAAUGCCAACUGUUAUCCAAGAAUAGUCAGGAUUAAACCUAGACCUAAUCGCUACUGUAUGACCUGCGGUUUGUACAACGUUAGUUGGAUCUCUACGAGCAACGACAGACUCCCGCACAAUCCGUGCUUAUUCUGUGACUCCUGUUUCAAGUCGUACAACUACGUCAAGGGUAAAAAAGUUGGGAACUUUAAGGCUUAUCCGUUUCCUCAUGACAACGAAUUGGUGCAGCGACGGACGAAAAAAAAAAUCUUAAAAAAAUUGUCUUCCGCGACGAAACCUGAGAAAGAUCCAGAAACCAUUAAAAUGGAACAGUAGCAUAAUGU